GAAGCUUGCUGUCCCAGUGAGAUCUCGCCAUGACCCAGCACACCAUCCUUCUCAUACAGGCGCAACCAGGACGUCGGGAUACACGUCAGUGGGAAGAUCACAAUACCUUGAGCCUAGCCGUUGAAGCUAUCAUAGCAAAGUAUGAGCAACGCUUAAAGCAACUAAACCCAUCUGUGAGGAACAUCCAUUAUGACAUUAGCGAUCUUCAAAAGUACAUUGAUACGUUCGGCGAUAUCUGCUGUUUGAUUUUGGAUCCAACGACACAGUCAUACAUCCCCCACGACCGAGAAUGGUUCAAACAGAAGGUAUUUAACCAUCUGAUGAAGCAAGCCAGUGCUCGAUGAUCUUCAAAUAUCCGAAUGGGGACCUUUGCCAACGUGUGCUAAUGCAUGAUGUUGCAUGAUGUAUAUAUAAUGUAGCUCGCAAACUUUUGUGACCGAACGUACACUGUCUGUUGUUUUGAAGAACUUGAAUAUAAAUCGCCAGAGGCUCAGAAUGCAGCGAGUUACAGCAUA